AUGCACAAAGGGAGGGAGAAUGGGUUUGUUUUGAAUGAAAUCAAAAGCGAGGCCGAGUGCAAGGACAAACACGAGGGUGUGGGCGUGUUCGGCAGCUGGCGACCAAGUGACGCAGGUGCAAACAGCUGGCAGGCGGGUGAGAGCGAACUGGAACGGGGCGAUGCGGUCGAUGGAGAGGCACACACGGCUGAGCAAGAAAUCCAGGAAUGUAUAAACCGGAACGAGAAGAACGAAAAGAAGGGCAGAGCCACGCAAGACACGAGCACGAGGGAGAGAACCGGGCAUGACGAGGUGCAACGGGGGGCGGGUGCGAGCGUCGUGAUAAUAAGUUCGGUGGAGAGCCAAGACGGCAAGCACUCAGCACUCAGCAGGCCAGCAGGCGGGCGGCCAGCGCAGGUACCUACAGCGGGCACAGCGGACCUGCAUGCAGCCAAGUACCCUGGCCCAGCUGCUUAUACCCCUGGUGACAACCACGACGGCGCUUCUUGGCGGGCCAGGACGGACCUGGGAUCUUCGGGAUCCUCCCAUCACAAGCUCUGCAAUGCCUUUACACGCAUCUCGUGUAGAACGCUGGGAACGCUGGGAACACUGGGAACCCUAGACCCGCUAGGGGCUGACUCCCGGCGACUCUCCUCUGUAGGGGCCGCGGCGAAAGGCCUCCUGGCGGCUCAACCUAUAGGACCAGAGAUCUCGCUCUACGAUCUCAGUAUCGGCGCCGGGCGGAGCGGAACCGCCGCUCAGUGGCCACUCAGCGGCCGUCCUGCAGACGCACUUGGUCUGAAACCCGCCACCUCGCUGGUCCUGGCUCAGGGGGGCUGUGGCCCUGCAGGCUCUGCAGGCCCUGAUUCUGUCACUGCCUUCAGGGGGGUCCAGGGGGUCGGUGACGAGCGACUGGUUGAGGUUGGCGAGCCCUACUGA